AUGGUUGCUGACGCAAAAGAAGAAAGGCUGUGCCUGGCAGAGAGGAAUGGUGCUGAUUUUGUUGUUCACUGGGACGACUCGGAAUUCGAAGAUAUUGGAUUCAUGCGCACUAAAGAUGUGGCAACGUACCGUGUUAAUGUUGGUGGCGUUUUGUUCGUUGGUGGACUAUCUGGAUUGGACGUUCAACUUCCCAUUAAACUUGUUGCAAAGAACAGGCUCGCUAUCAUGGGUGUCACGAGGAAUCUGGUACAUCUCAUUGCUGGUGGACAGAUAGAAGCACCAGAUUAUGUCGUGUAUCCAGUAAAUCAAGCAUCA